GCUAGACCCUGUGCCAGUGUGUAUUCAACGGCCACUCUUGAGCUGGAUAUCCUGAGAUCUUGGACUGAGCUAUGGAGAGGCUAAUUCACGAGCCUGUCAGUCAUCCAUUCUCACGCAGAACGUUAAUCUCGUUGGUGACCGUCAUUUGUGCAAAGUUCUUCACGUGAAUUGUUCAAUCUGCCUGUUCCCAGCUCCAUCCCAUUUUCGGGAUCAUUGUUCUGGCAGUGCAUUGGUAUCAAUGAAGACGCCACACUCGGCGAGGUGGCUCCUUGAAAUCUGUACAUUUACAAAGUUAUAGAACGUCUGUCCGGCGGGCGUAGGCUAUGGAGAAGAGAUGGAGAUCCGGUUGCAACGGCUAGGGGCUCUUUUGUCCAAGUCGACAUUCUUGUGCCGCGAACGCAUUUGGUGGUUUGACAGAUAUGGUACUACUUUUGGCCGCAUUGAAGCCUCAUCUGCACAAUCAUGUUUACUGGAGCUUGAUUCUGUCUCAACAACUAAAUCCCGCUGUGCUCGAUUUUGGGUUCGUAACCAUUCAGACUGUAGUGCCAUACUCGAGACAAUGUAUCAAAGGAAACAUCGUGCCGAGUGAUGGCUUCUCCUUUGACUUGUGCUUCCGCGGCGUUCCCAAACCUCUUAUGGAAAGGAUCAUUGCCAUUUUGAUCCAUCCAGGUGAAAUGUGAUUCUACUACGCGUGGGCCAUUGGCAGUCCUAGGCAAGUCUCGAGUCAAGCAAAGCGAUUCAAAAUAUGAACGUAUGUUCCGGGGUAUAUUAUGCACAGAUUUUUCAUGUUUUAUUAACCCUGGAACAUGGCGAAUUGUGCGAGCCCGCUCGUCCAACCCGUAUUUUUUUUCGGAUAUUGAGAUAUUGCUCGCU